GUCACGGGAGCAACCGCGUGGAACUGUUCAGUAGUUGAACUAUUUUAAGACCUACAUUUUAACUAUUUUGCUUAUUUAUUCCUACAUAUUCCGUAUCGCACCGUUUUUCGCUGAUCGGCGUAUGUGUGUGUGUCUGUGACUGUGUGAUAGCCGUCGUGAAGGAUCCUUCGUCCAAAUUGACGAUUCAGUGUCGUGUAGUGCCAAUCCUUGCAGGGAUACUAGUUGCAGGGCUUCAUUUUAAUCGAAAAGGCAUUUUCAACCAAUUACUCAUUACUCUAAGCGUAGUAUUUAAAAUAAACCAGCCAAUUGCAGUUCAGUUGGCUUUUUAACUGGUCUAAGUGCGUGUUUGAUAUCAAUCAGAUAAAAAUAAGCCUUUUUAUCCCCGGUCCCGAGCCCCGCAACACGGAGACCAUUGUUCGACGUCGACAGUAACCUAGAGUAACCUUUCCGUAGUACGAAAUAAGCGUUUCGUAGCGUAGUUGCUUAGAUACGGAUCACCGUUGCCCGAACGAUCGAUCGCGUUGACGCGCAGCUGCCGUUGUUCCGAGCAGCUUCCUUUCCAAGCUUCUCUUGCGCUGCCCCCUUUAGCGUCCACUAGGCCCCAAACGAUUCUGUAGCUGAAGGACCAUGAACAACAGCAUCAGCAGCAGCUUCUACGACAUGCGAUCCUUUCCGGAGUUUGUGACGAACUUGGCCGCGGAAAGCACCAAGAUGUACAACACCAGACAGUCGUACACUGGACAGGGAGGUUAUAAUAUGAAGUUUUAUAACUACUAUCAGCAAACGACGCCGUAUGUGUCGCAAAUGUAUGGCAACUGCUACCCGAAGCAGCGCUACAUGCCGUAUCCCAACCGCAACAAUGGCGGCGUCGGCGUUGGUCCUAGCAACGGCAGCGCUAGUACUUCCAAUCAUCAAAGCACCCAUUGCCCGCUGCAGCAACAACAGCAGCAGCAGCAGCAUUUACAACCAUCCAGCGCAAACACGAGCAGCUACUGUCAGCAGGCUACGAACAAGUCGUUGAACUCUUCGCUUAACAGUAGCAACUAUUCCGAUUCCGGUCGAAACUCGACGUUCUACAGCAGCAACAACAGUGGCUGCAGCAGCCCACACCACAGCAGCUACUCCACUGACAGUGCGGGCACGGCGAGCACCGGUGCACUUGGGGGAAUCGCGAACAUCAGCGGAACGGCCGGUUCCGGAUCCAGUUCGAGUGCUUCGGUGUCACCAAACAUGCCAGCACCGGCCAGUCAGUCACAGGGUCCGACGCAGUCCCAGCCAGGAACGGCUGGAUCGGCUGAGCCCGAGCAGAAGGAGAUGGUGGUGCUGCAGAUCAGCAAUCUCGAUGCAUCCAUCGAUGAGCACAAGAUGCAUCAGUUUCUGCUGUGCCAGCUGAAACCGAUCACACCGGUUAUAUCCCUGACCAUCGAGAGUCCUUCGCUGGCGAAGGUAAAGGUACCAUCGGCACAGUGCGCAAAACAAGUUGUGGCCAAUCUGCAUCGCAAGAAAGUGGGCCACAAGCGCAUGGUCGUCUCGUACAUCAAGGAUCCAUCGUCGGCUGAAUCGUCCGCACUGCGCUGCCAGGUGGCAGGGUUGCUAAAGGACGUUCCCUUCUACAGCCUGCCGAUUAACCGGUUCCGGGAGCUUUUUCAGUCGCGCUUCAAGUCCUCCAUAAGCGUGCUGGAUCUGUAUCGCAUGCAGGACGUCUGUACAAUCACGCUCGAUAAAAAUGACGAGAAGUACAUCGCACUCCAGCCGGACCUAAUUGAUACGCUCAAGAACAGUUCAUUGGUCGAGACGUCUCAGCACAGCGUCCCAUACUGUAUGUAUCACUUUCAGCAGGAAAAGGAAAAGGGUUGGGCGGAGCAGGAAAUAGAACCACUGCCAAGCGUGAUGAUGAGCAUUAAUCAGCUUCAGUCGCUAGUCUAUUCGCUGUUGAAAUCGCACAAGAAUGACAUCCCGGUCGCGAGCGUGCUGUACUGCAUCGAGCACGAGCUUCAAAUAAAAAUAAUCCCAAAUGAUAAUGGGGUGCCACUGGAGCAUCUGCUGUGCUGCAUUCGGGGUGUGCAGAUUGCGAAUAACAGUUAUGGCAUAAAAGUCCUAUCGUGGAUGGACCACGAGCAGAAUUCCACUAAGGAUAACGAUGAUGCUUGGGCAGUUAACCUUCGAUACAUGCCCAAGAGCCCCUCGAACGAAUUCCUACAGCAAAUCUCGCGUGAAGUCGUCGAGCUGAUCAAGAUGUCGCCCAAGUCGACGAUGAAGUUCACCCGUUUCAUUCCGGCGUACCACAAUCACUUUGGCAAGCAGUGCCGAGUUGCCGACUAUGGCUACACCAGGCUGAUCGAGCUGUUCGAGGCGCUAGCGCCGGUCGUUCAGGUGAUGGGCGACGGUGAGAAUCGUCAUAUCACCCUGACGCAUCGUACCCAGAUUCGUCGUUUCACGAACGACCUGCUGAAGAUCCUGCGCAGCCGGGCAAACAAGUCGAUCCUGCUGUCCCAGCUGCCGAUGGUGUUCUCCCAGGCACAGAAUCGGCUAUUCGACGUGACGGACUAUGGCGUUUGCGACAUCUUCGACAUUGUCGAUGGGCUCGUGUACAGCAACUCCAUCACGACGAAGGUGUACAACGAGAACGACGUACUGAUCUCGAUCGUAAAGCGCAAGCAGACCACGCUCGAGCUGGAAAAGACGUGCACGUUCGCCGGCGAAGUGGUGGAGCUGUUCCGCAAGUCACCACAGUUUUCGAUUCUGUUCAAGAAGUUUGUCCGCUCGUACCACUACCACUUCGGGUAUCAGUGUCGGUUGAGCGAUUACGGGUUGCUGAAGCUUGCUGAUCUGCUGGAGGCUAUAACUGGAAUCGUUGAGACAGAGCAAAGUAACGACGAGGAUCGCAAGAUCUAUCUCAACUACCAAGUCGCAUUGCGCAUCUUCGCCGAGCAAGUGCAGGAGAUUAUCAAGCACUGCACGGGCAGCCCGAAGACGAUCAUGCGGCUAAGUGAGAUCCUGAAUUUCCACAAGAACAAGUUCGGCUAUCAACUGCAACCGAGCUGUUUCGGCUGCAGCAACAUGUAUGACGCCAUUAAGGCACUACCGUUCACGGAGGUGCUUGAAUCCAACGGCGAGUACAUGGUGGUUUCGCACCUAGAAGAUCCAAUUUUCCGCAUGCAGACGUACGCGGCCUGUGCUAUCCUGAUCGAGUCGCAAAAGGACCAUCUAAGCGUGGUAGAGCUGGUGCGUGCAUACGAGCUACGUUUCAAGGACUUUCUGACUGAGACACAUAUUUUCAACAUGAAGCACGCAUUACUGAUGGAGAUGGAUAAGGGUUUACAGACGGUGACAUUGACGCCGUUGAUGAAGUUUGUCGUGCGCAUGGUGCAAGUGGUCAAACAUCGCACGCCGAUCAACGUGCACGACCUGAAGCUGGCUUUGAACGUGUCGGUGGGAACGUGCUUCGAAUUUGGUUUUCCAAGCGUAUCCUCCGUGCUUAACUACUUUGCGGAUGUUUUCGUAUCAACCAACUCGUCUUUCAUUCACGAACGAAGUGACAUCGAACUGAACCGUGACUGCAUUUUACCGAAGGUAUGUUUCACCAGUGAAGAACGUUCUUCGUUGGGUUGUUCAACGCUGGGAUCUUCUAACGCUGCACCAAUCGUCAAGUAUUCUCCCCUGGACGCUUCACGCUGCCGUCCACCGACUGCUUUUGCCAGUUCUGGGCUGGCCGACAAAAAACCGACUGCACGUUCCUCGGGCAACUUGUGCCUUUCCCAGCAAGGACCAACACCAACGCACGGAUUCAACCUUCCCUUUAAACAAAUGCAGCCACAGCCCCUACAGCAGCCCCAGCAGCAACACCAACAGCAGCAACAGGUUCCUCUUCAGAUGCAACGCCAAACCCAUCCGGGUUUUCAACCGAUGCUGCCACUUCAGCCAUCGCAGCAGCUUAACCACCUUAGCCAACCUCCGAUGAAUCCGUACUUCCCCAACAACACUAAUCGACCGCUUAACGCCUCCUAUUCCAACGGAUACGGGGGUAAUGGCAAUGUAAGUAACACCGCAGCGAUGCUGGGAAACUCUUCUAUGCUGUCCAGUCUACUCGGAGCAGCUCCGUCGAUGGAAAUGAGCAGCUCGAUGGCGGAGUUUAAUCGGGGCAAGGAGAACAUCUAUCCACCGGCGAACGGCUCGAGCGGAGCACAAUCGAACUACAGAUCGAAAAUGGCCGCGGAACAAAUGGCAAAUGCAUUCCAAACCCAGUGCACACUGCGAUCUAUCGGAACCGGAGACACACCGCAGCAGCCAUCGAUGCCGCCGCAGGCUCAAGGGCAAGAAACGGGUAGUCAGCAGAUGUCCGGGAAUCGGAGCGCCUUGUUGCAGUCCUGGAAGAGUACAAACAGUCUGAUGAGCCACUCCAGCACAGCGGAUCCGAUACUGACCCUGCUGUCAAAGUACAGCGAGCCACCGAAGCCGGAUACCCCACCAGGAAUGAAUCUUCCAUGCUGGCUGGAUCCUACCUGGAACGACACAGAAUCACUCAUAGGUCGUUCGCUGUAUUCCGAUUCGGAAGUGACUCUCAACAUUCCGAUUCCUGAGUUGAAAACGUGCAGCAAUCUACCUCCACUCGAUACGCCGCAUAUUCUGCUGUCGGAGAAACUAUCUUGUUUUACAUUCGACCAAGAUAAGUAAAAGGUAAGGAGGGCAACCAGUUGAACAGUUUUGUUCCCUCCACUGUAUCGCAUCAAAAGACUAGAAGUGCAUAUUACCGCGAUCGGUCCUUAAAGCCAUUUAAUCAACUUGUAAGCUAAAGGAAUAAUCUCAAGUAAGGACAUCGUUACCCGAAUCGAUCCGAUGAGCGGAUAGCCAUAAUACGGCUCAUAAGGACACACCACGGAGAACGUAAACGAACUGCCUGUAGAAAAGCUCCCUAUAGGCCCGGGGUGGUAUUCUCCUAGCAUCAGCCACAGUAAACAUUCUUCCUGUGAUGGAACAGUCUGUCACAACCCAAAAGGUACCUUUCACCCCUUCAAGGGUUCGAUUUAUGUUAGGUUUAAAUUGAUCAUUGUUUCUGCUUAAUAGUUAGCGUGAACAGAUAAUUCGGUAAUAUUUAUCUAAAGCAGAAGGAAAAGGGAGAGCGAACACAUCCACGACCACUGUAACGGGAGGAAAUUGAAAUACUAUACGGUGCUCCCGAGAGCGGACGGCGUUUUUUCUAGACUCGAAAGCGAACCAUUCCCUCGAUCCCCGGACGCUUUUCUGGUUAAAAGCGAACCCGUUUUCCUGGAGAGUGCAGGGAUGAACCUGUGAAGCCCCCGUCCGUCACAGUCCGUGUGUUCGUCCUCCCUCCCCUUGGCGAUCAUGUUGCCCAAAGGGCUAAGCGAGGGUGAAGGAGAACUUUUACAUUUUACACCUAACUGGUUUACUUAUUGUUAAUAAUUAUUUAUUUUCCGCGCGUACCGCUGUAUCGUUCGUGGGUGACUUGUUUUCUCUCUAUUUUAAAACGUCGUCUCGUAUAGUUGCGUCUAUCGUUGUUAUCGAGUGUAAGUGUGCAAUGUGCAGACCGCGCGUGGGGGCCCCCACAUAAAUCGCGGGCCGUUGUCCCGAUAGGUAGAAUGUGUGAUUUUCAAACAAACCUGCUCUGCGUUAGGCAUCACAUAGUUGUACCCAUUUCUAUUCGUACUGUACUGAUUGCAUGCAUGGUAGUAGUAUUGUAGGUUUAGUAUUACCGCCGCACUCGUGCACCAUAAGAAAACAAGUUGUCCUUUCUAGCCUUAAGAUACAAAAUUAUGAUGCGAAGCAGAUCACCUAACCCUAAUUUAAAGGAUUAUUAUAUUGUUUAACGGAAAAAUAAACCUUAUGUAAUUGUUAAGUUAAAUAAAUGCUGUAUUUGAAGAAGUA